AAUCAUAUUUUUAGCUGCAUGCAAACGACCUCCACCAUGCUGGGCUGCAGCUUUGAUCUGACAAUUAAUCAUGGCAAGUGUAACCGAGCGACUGGAUGAGAGCUGCACGUGUUUAGCCUUCUCACCCUACAAGGAGUCCGCUGCUCUACUGGCUGUAGGAGGGCAGUCAAGGAUCACUGUCAAAGACUCGUCAUCAGUUGGAAGUCUGCUCGACUCUCUGUCUCUUUCGACCGUCUUCUCGCUGCUGUGUGGAGAUGGAGUGGGCGUAUCUCACUUCUCCUGGUCACCUGACACCGCCCACACAGAGGACGGGAGUGGACGAUAUGUGUUCUGCACCACUGGUCAUAGUCACCAGACUAUCACAGUGUACCGUUGCGAUGUGGACAGUACUACUACUGAAAGCCUCCCUGGACAUACUAGCUACAUCAACGACUUGACCUUCCACCCCUGUGAUUCCUCUCUACUAGCGAGUGUCGGGGACGACCGCAUCUGUCGUGUUUGGGACCUCAACGAAGGUCAAGUGAGGUCAGAGUUCAGGCUGAAGUCACCAGGAGUGGCUGUUAAAUGGCAUCCACAGGACCCAGCAAAGCUCUUGGUGGCUGAGAAGAGUGGGCGUGUGCGACUGUAUGACCUCGCUACUGAGGUGCCAAUCAUGUGUCUUGAGACAGGGACUGCCCCUUUAAUGAGCGUAGACUGGUCGCCUAGCAACAGUCUGUAUGUAGGGGGCGUGGCUAGUGGGAGCUGGUUCGUGUGGGAUGUGUCACAAUCAAGUCGCCCCCUGGAGUGUCGCUCAGUGUACCAAGGCCCCUCCUCCUUGUUCUCCUGGUGCCCUCAGAGUGAGGGGGUGUUUGCUACCGUGGGACUAGGACGACAGCUCAAAGUGCAUCACCUAGGUCACCAAAAGAUCCCCAUAUCAUGUGACCUCCCAGUGGUGACUGACAUCUCCUGGCAUGCUCGUAUUCCACUGCUAGCUGCAGCAGUGGACAAACAGCUGCACUUCUGGAUGCCAGAGAUAUGAGAACGGCCAAUCAGAUUGAACAUUGAACUAACUUUUGAAUUACUGUAUUGUAUUAUCGUAAUUUUGUUUUCUCUUUCAAAUGCAAUGAAAGCACGAUCUAUAAUGAAAAGUCGUCC